AUGUCUUUGGAAGCCUUCAUUCGUCAAGCCGAUCGUCUGGUCACCUUCAAUGCCGAAGUAGUCGGUGGUAAUGUUCCCUUGACGUCUGCCCAAUUCGUAAAAAUUCACAUUUCUGAAGUUAAGUCCUUAUGGGCAGGCAUCAAAUCAGCGUAUGACCAAUUUAUGUCCGAUCGAGCUAGCGAAGAACAGAACGAGGAGGAUGAUGAACAGGAAGAAGAUGCAGAAGCCGCUUCAGAGCUUGAGACAUUCCAAGCCAAGUAUAAUAGUGCCUAUAUCACUUAUUGCGAGUGCUUGGCUCGCCUUACACAGUUGUCUGAGGAUCUCCAAACAGUUCCUAAAGAGCCGCCUGUUUCACAUCCAAACCCUUCGCCUCAGAGUCCUAAUGCUAUGGUCCAUAAUGAUCACGGUUCAUAUUAUUCUUUCAAUCUGCCUCCAUGCGAUACCGAAGUCUUCAACGGGGAUUAUAUGUCAUGGCCUACUUUCCGAGAUAUAUUCACAGCCGUGUACAUAAAAAAUUCUAGGCUCAGUCCAGUCGAGCGAUUGUUUCAUUUGACCCAGAAGACUAAAGGCGAAGCUAGAGAUAUUGUUCAACGCGCACCUUUGACAAAUCAAGGUUUUCAACUUGCUUGGAAAGGUUUGUGCGAUCGUUUCGAAAAUAAGCGAAUUCUUGUUAAUGGUCAGUUAAAAGUUCUAUUCAAUCUUCCUGUCAUUAAUUCCGAGUCAGCGAGUGCAAUUAAGUCAUUGCAACGCGACAUAAAUUCUUGUAUUGCUGCGUUAUCUCUGUACGAUAUCGACGUCAGAAGUUGGGAUCCAAUAUUUGUUUUUCUUUGUUCGAAUAGUCUUCCUGACUCAACUCUGACGCUUUGGGAACAAGGUUUGGCUGAUAAGACUGUUAUUCCAAAAUGGGCUGACCUUGAUUCUUUCCUUACGAAUCGACAUCGUACACUCGAAUCCGUCUCCGAGAUGCGCAAUUAUCCGAAGUCUGAUGGUCAUAAAACUAAAUCCAAUGUACAUUCAAAUAAUUCGAAGUUCAGCUCAUUCCAGACCAAUGUUACAGCUCCAAAUUGUCCAUUGUGCACAAAUUCCGCUCAUAUAAUUCGAGAAUGUCCUAGAUUCAUUUCUAUGGAUGUUGAACAACGAGUGGCUGAGAUCAAGAAACAAGGUCUAUGUUUGAAUUGUUUCUCGAAAACUCACCACAUAAAAAAUUGUACUAGUAAAAAUAAUUGUUUCGAAUGUCAGAGGCGGCACAACACUAUGCUCCAUGAUCGUUCGACAAAUAGUCGUCCAUCAAUUUCACCUACGAGCUCUACCAAUUUAAGCCCACACUCCACUCCAUUUUCUUCCAAUUCAAUACAGUCCACUAGUCCAGGGGGUGGAGUAAUUCAAACAUGCUUUACGUCCAACUCCCGGGGUGUUUUGUUAGGGACUGCGUUGGUGAAUGUGAUCCACUUAGGAGUAACGUAUCACGCUCGUGUACUCCUAGAUUCGGGUUCUCAAGGAACAUUCAUAUCAGAACGAUUCUUCAACAAACUCAAACUUCCGUAUCAGCGUACCAACGUUCAAGUUUCUGGUCUUAAUAAUUCGACAGCUGCCUCCGUUCGAAAAUUAUGUUCUGUUGUGCUGUCCUCUCGAUUUGAUGAUUCCGUUCAGCUUUCCGUGCAAGCAUUCGUGGUUCCACAUUUGUCUGGAAAUCUUCCUUCCCGCACAUUACCACCAUCUUUGUUCUCACAACUUCCUUCAAUUAAUCUGGCUGACCCACAUUUCUUCAAAAGCUCCAGCAUCGAUAUCCUUAUAGGCGGUGAUUUUCUUCCAAACAUCAUGCGUGCUGGGGUAAUGCGCGAUAUUUGCGACUCCUUAAUGGGACAAGAAACUAUCUUCGGAUGGAUUUUAACUGGCCCCGUUCCGGAUUUCCCUCCACCAGCCUCUCUUAUUUCCAAUUUCUGCGAGGUCUCCUUAGUCAAAGAGAUUUGUCAUUCCUACGAAGUUGAGAACCUUCCUAGAGAUAAGAUUCUCCCUGACACCGAUGAAUAUUGUGAGGAGCUCUACGUUUCCACUACAAAAAGGAAUAAAGAUGGUAGGUAUGUCGUUCGUUUUCCUUUCAACCAAGGUUCCUCAGAGAAAAUGGGCCUUGGUCGAUUCCGUUCAAGAGUUAUAAAACAAUUCCAUCGCAAUGAGAGUCGACUUCUUCGUAAUUCAGACUGUAAAAAGGAGUAUGAUCAGGUACUCAAUGAGUACGUUCAGUCGAAACACAUGGUCUCAGUUCCUAAUCCAUGUUUAAAUAGUGAUUCACGCCAUUAUUAUUUACCACAUCACACGGUUAUUAAGCCGGAGAGCUCGACCACCAAGGUUCGGGUGUUCUUUAAUGCUCCUUCCGAUACGUCCAAUGGUCACAGCCUGAACGAUGUUUUGCACGCUGGUCCGGUGUUGCAAUCUGACUUGACCACUUUACUUCUCAAAUGGCGUUUCUUCCAAAUUGUAUUCAAUGCGGACAUCGAUAAUAUGUACCGCCAGAUUCUUGUUCAUCCAGAUCAUACUCCAUUCCAAUGUAUCAUAUUCCGCAACCACCCAGGUGAAAACAUUCAUGAUUUCGAGUUACAAACUGUCACUUUCUGUGUCAAUUGUGCUCCGUACUUGGCUAUUCGCACUAUUCUCCAACUUGCUGACGAUGUUCAAGAUUUAUAUACAAUUGCAAGCGAGUUUUUUCAUAAUUUCAUGUACGUCGAUGACGUGAUUUUCGGAUCCCAUUCUGUUUCGUCCGCCAUUCGAUCCAAAGCCGAACUCAAAUCUGUCCUGGAUUCCGCUGGUCUUUGCCUUCGAAAAUGGAGAUCUAAUUCGAGAGACAUUCGAGAUCUUCCCAAUGAUCAUAUAUUUCAUGUAGCCUUGUCAUGUUCUUAUACAAAAUGGGAGAUCCUGUCUCAGAUCCCCAAAUUAUUCGAUCCUGCCGAUUGGCUUUCGCCAUGCACAGUUGUAGCGAAGGUUAUUAUGCAGAAGAUAUGGUCCGAUUAUGCAGAAGAUAUGAUCCCAGCUAUUGCCGCUGCCAUUGAUCAUCGUUUGGAGGAAGCUCACGUUCCGCUAUUGGCAACAAUCGACUGCAAUUAA